AUGGUGGCUGUGUUUACGUUCACGAGAAGCGACAACGAUAUUCUACAGGAAUUAAUGCGUGUGUUCAGUACGGGGCGUUGUACAGCUAGAGAGCAAUGGAGUAUGCAGGCCGAACUGAUAGUAGAGCCACUUGGUUGGGAUGCUCUGUGGAAAUUGUCUAAGGAUUUCUGUAAAAAAUUCGAAGUGAGAUAUCCCUGUGUUGCAUACAUCACAGUAACAUUGGUGAACUUUGAAGAUAUCUCCGCCAAUGUGGAUGUGCUGAGUGUUCAGCACGAGGCUGUGACUCUACCAGAGAGUAUUGUAAAUGUGCCACUGAUAGAAUUGUGGCCGACAAUUAAACAGAGGGAACAGUGUGUUAAUGCAGCUAGCACGGCAGAGUUUAUUGAUAUUAUGAGAUUCUUUUACGAUAACAUAUGGAUGCCAUGGGAUGAUCAGGAUGAUAAAAUUCUUCUACCAAACACAAUAGAGGAUCGUAUGAAUCUGUGGAUGGAACUACAUAACGGCACUAUCCCGAACUACAUUGCGAGAUCAAUCACUUUAUUGAGAACUAGUGCUAUCAAUGCUCAUCAGAAGUUACAGGAACUCGAUUCAUCUUUAUGUGAAGGGGAUUUUGCUGAUGACGAUGAUUCCCUAUUACCACCAAACUAUAUAUCUCUCUGUGCUGAAUUAAAUGCGAGGUUAGAUGGACUGAUCUCUAAAUGGACAUUAUACGAAAAUCCACUUAUCAGAGAACAAUAUUUGGCUAAAACUAUGAAAAAGUGUCAACGGAAUAAGAGCAAAAAGAAUGUAGUAGCACUAUGGCAGGGUGGUGAUAUAGCGGAAUUCAAGAAUAUAACCAGAUUUCUAGAAACGAGACUCACAAAUGAUCACACACUGACAAUAACAAUGUCAGCGGAAGAAGCAUUAUCAUUAGAACCAAAUGAAGUUGUUGUAUGUAGCAAACAGUAUGAGAUACCUGAAGUAUCAUUGUCACAAAUAACUUUAUGUAGUAUAGAUGGAGCUAUGUUGAAGGCAUCGGAUAUGAGAUCAUGUUUAUUAAUGUUGAAUGAUGAAUGCCACAUACAAGACAUGACACUACACUGUUCAUCCGUUAAUACAGUCAUAGUAAUGCUUUCUGGUACAUUACAUGUUAAAAAUUGCAUGCUUUUAGAUGAUUCCAGUAAUUUCCAGAGUGAUUUUGCUCAAGGUAUUGUAGCGAUGUCUGGUGCGAAGGUUAUAUUAGAAGAUUGUACAUUUGAAAAUUUCUACUCUGGUAUUGUAAUUCAUAAAGGAGCUCAGAUGGAACUUAGAAAUUGUUUGAUAGAGAAGUGCGGUGUUGGCAUACAAAUAUAUUCCGGAGCUCAGGUUAAGUUAGACGGAGUCAUCAUUGAGGAAUGUACGGAACAGUGCAUAAGGUGUGAAAUGGAAAACGGAAUUGUUAAGACUGAAAUGGAUGGCCUCGAAAUGAUAAAUUGCAAGAUUGGUUCCGGUAAUCUACAGAAAGAAAUAUAUGUAACACAAGAUGUCAACAUGUAA